AUGUCUUGCUACGACCUGUGCUCCACUGCCAUUGGUGGCAUCAACCGCCCCCAGCCCAUUGCUGACAGUGGGAAUGAGCCGUGUGUCCGUCAGUGCCCUGACUCCACAACUGUGAUCCAGCCACCCCCAGUCGUUGUUACCUUCCCUGGCCCCAUCCUCAGCUCUUUCCCCCAGGAUUCAGUUGUGGGAUCCUCUGGAGCACCCGUCCUCGGGGGCUAUGGGGGCUCCCUUGGCUAUGGAGGCUAUGGCAGCUAUGGCUCCCUGGGCUAUGGGGGUCUGUAUGGAUAUGGGGGCUCUUCCCUGGGCUAUGGGGGUCUGCAUGGAUAUGGGGGCUCCCUGGGUUACAGGGGCCUCUAUGGCUACGGUAGAUCCUAUGGUUCUGGCUAUUGCAGCCCUUACUCCUACCGGUACAACAGGUACAGCCGUGGCAGCUGCAGGCCCUGCUAA